AAUCUAUUUGCCAUAGUCCAAUAUUUUUGGAGUUGAAGUCAAUUUUUCAAGGUGCUGAAAUAUAUCAUGUCUGUGAUCUAAAAAGAGAAGUGAAUACUUUAUCAAAACGAUGCAUACCAACGCAUUACUUCGCAUUUAAAUUACGUGUUGUACGGUAGCAUUAAACAGUGAACUCAGACUGUCAAACAACAAAUAUUGGUCGUUGUCGUUGCUGCUCGAAUAUGGUGAUUUGCGGAUAGCGUUUGUCUCCCAAUUUUAUUAAUUUUUUUUUCGUAAAAAAAUAACAAAUAUAUCAACUCUAGCAGCUGUUAAAUAACUAUUCAGUGUUUAUUCUUUUUAGUUUACUGAAAUUGAAUUUUAUUUAAACAAUUAAACAAUCAUUUUUUUAAAAAAAUAUCUUUUUCCGAGUCGAGCUGUCAAAAGGUUUGUCGUUUGUCGAGCGCAUCAUCACUUCCAUUCCGAAAAAAUGGAAAUAUUUUGAUAAAAACACAAAUUAAUUUUGUAAUAAAGUUUAAUACUUUUGAAUAAGAUUCAGAGAAACGUCUUUAUCCGAAGUUGUAAGAAGAAAAAUCGUACAAAAUAACAAUCCAAGCCUUGUUCAUGAGGGGAGAGAAAAUUUAAUUUGGACAAACGAAAAAGUACGGGCGUGUGUUGCAAGUGCUUUGUGUCGCUGUAGAGGACAGUCGUUGGCGUUACAUCUUUUUUCUGCAGCUUUAAAUUCUUUUUGAUUUAGUUACUACUGCAUUGUGAGUGGCAGUGGCGGCCUUUGCUGGGUGUAUUCUGCACUUUGAAGUUAUAGUUGUUGUGUGUUGUGGAUGCAUGCAAGAUCCAAAUAAUUAAGAGCAAUUUAAUUUUGCUACCUGUAGUUUUGAAUUUAAACGUGGAAAGAUAAUUGAAAAGAGUUAAGCUGGAGAAACAAAAUAGCAGAUCGAAAUUAAUUCGUGACAAAAUGGUACUGGCGGAACGAAAUUCGGACAUUGUUCGAAAUGGCCGCAGAUCGAGGGGACCGAGCCCGAAUGGAAAUGUUGUAGGUGCAACUGGGACGCCUGAAACAAGUUCAGAUGAUGAUAAUUCUAUUAAACGGAAUGGCAAGACCAAAACUAAACAAAGCGAAUAUGAAGAAAAAAUCCGAGUUGGGCGUGACUAUCAAGCUGUAUGCCCACCUCUUGUACCAGAACCAGAACGUAAACCAGAAAUAUUAAACGAUCGUGCGCUUUUAGUAUGGUCUCCUACAAAAGAAAUUCCAGAUCCAAAACUUGAAGAGUAUAUAUCGGUGGCAAAAGAAAAGUAUGGUUACAAUGGUGAACAAGCGUUGGGAAUGUUGUUUUGGCACAAGCAUGAUCUAGAACGUGCCGUUAUGGAUUUAGCAAAUUUCACUCCUUUUCCUGAUGAAUGGACUGUUGAGGAUAAGGUACUUUUUGAACAAGCCUUCCAAUUUCACGGCAAGAGUUUUCAUCGUAUACGACAAAUGCUACCAGAUAAAUCAAUUGCGAGCUUAGUAAAAUAUUAUUACUCUUGGAAGAAAACGCGCCAUCGUCAGAGUGUAAUGGAUCGUCAGGAAAAAGCCAAAGCCAGCAAAGAAGGAUCUGAAAACGGCAGUGACAAUGGUAGCAAUGAAGAAUCUGACAAUGAAGAAAAGGAUCAGACAUUGGCCAGCUCUUCUGGUUUACAAGAUUCCAAAUCUGUUAGUAGUAAUGUCAGUGCUGUUGGUUGUGGGAUUGGUGUUAGUAGUGGCAAUGUUGGCCUUGUUGCAGACAACAAGAAUAACAAGCAAUCAAACAACACAACGGCUACACCGUCAAAUAGUCCAACGGCAGCUGGUUCAGCUAUUGGCAAUGUUGCUACUAUUGCUGUUGCUACUUCAAAUACUCAGAGGAGCCUUACUCCUACGUCUACUACACCCACUGCAUCCCCUACUGUAAGCAAACGCCAACAAAAUCAACAACACCAGCCAACUCCAAAUAUUAAUCAAACAAAUAAUUCAAAUAAUGAGGUCACUACAAGCAAUCAAACCACAAAUCCUACUGCUAAUUGCGCGAAUUCUUCCUCUACAACCACAGCUGGAGGCUGUUGCUCAGGCUGUGGUGUAGCUUGUAAUAUGUUAAAUGACACGCCGCAUGGAAAACUGUGCAACAGUUGCCAUCAUCACUGGAGACGAACGGGUAAUAAAAGGCCAACUGCUGGUCCCUACUUUGGCAAAAGAUAUCGUGACCGUAAUGUCGAUCGGCAUAAGCGUAAACCACCGCGCGGCAUGCACAUUAACCAUGAUGACAUUGUAGCGCUCGCUAGUUCAAGCAAUAAUCAAGAUCAGUUACUAGCAAAUACUGAAAGGGAAAUUGUCUCAUUACUAAGUCAAGUUCAACUCAACAAACAAAAUAUAUCUUCAAUUAAACGAAAAAAUUCAGAGAGCUUGGAAGACUUGCGCCCUCAUGAUUCUGCCAACCGUAUUAACUCUCGUUGGACUAAUGAAGAAUUGCUACUUGCCGUUAGCGGUGUAAGGAAAUAUGGAAAAGACUAUCAGACUAUAGCUGAGACACUUGGAACAAAGACCGACGCCCAUGUCCGGACUUUUUAUGUCAACUAUCGUCGUCGCUAUAACUUGGAUCAAGUUUUAAAAGAGCAUGAAGCAGAAAAGGAACUACAAUUGCGAGAGGAACAGAAAAGGAAAGAUCUCCAAAAUGCUGACAAACCCAAUUCUAUUCAAAACGAAGAUACAAAUUCAAAUAAAUCACUUGACACUCAAAGCUCUACCCAAAAGGAAACGCCUGUUACAGAGAUUGACUUAGACAAUGAAACAGCAGAACAACCGCCGCCGGCUAAACGUUUGGCAACUGGUCUCCAACAGGAUGCAACUAAAGUGGCCUAAACCCACGAAAAAGUGUUCCCUCCAAAUUAAUUAAGUAGUACGUUACCUAUCACUUGCUAAGCUAUUAUAAUUUGUUCUUAAUUAUUUUUUCGAUUGACACAAAUCGCCUUGAUAUUUGACAUGUUUUAUUAAAUCAGCGUCUAACAACAAUUAUGUUGAAGUUGAAUAAUAGUUUUAUUUAAUUAACCUUAGUUUUUUUGUAGUUCAGAUUUGAAUAGUUCAUAACUAAUUUAUAUUUAGUUCGUAUUGUAAACAUUUAAUACAAUUUUUUCAUAUAAAUAAAAACUUGCAGUGGAUCUGUAUCCAAUAGUUAAACUUAUUCGUAACAAAAAUAAAUGGGUUUCCUUUGGCAGCCUUACAGACUGGUGUUAUAUGUUAAUCUUGUAUUAAUAAAAGAUACAAUGCAAGGUGCGUUCAUCAUUUUUGAAUUAAGCAGGCGUUUUAGCCGCCAUCUCUUAUAUUUACUAACAGCUGAGCCUUUUAGCAUCAUGGAAUACAAAAUUAGAAUACAAUAGUUGGAUGCGGCUUUUUUAACUUCUUUGCAUAAUGCUUAAAAAACAUAUGUCCAGUCCAUAUGUACAUAAGUCCAUCGUGCGUCGCCUUGGUCAAAAACUAAAAUUCACUAAGUACAAAAUGUAUUUUUGAAAUUAAUUUUAAAUAAUCAUUUUUCUUAUUAAUUGAGCUAUAUUUAAGCUAUUUUGAUUUGUACUUGGAUAAUACAUUCAAUAUAUGUAUGUAUACAUGAAUGUUAAACCCCCGAAUUAGUGCAGAACAAGGAAUGUGAAAUUGAACUCGUCAGUGGUAGGAGUAAUUCCAUACAAAAAAAAUGGAAUGUUACUGAAAUUAUUUCCGACUCUACGAGUAAACGUUUUUCGGAUAUUGAUGUUAUUUAGAAACUUUUAGUAUGAUGGGCAAACCUUAAUUUGAAAGCAUUACAACACAACAUUAAAUAGACUUUCUAAAAUACAAUGUUACUUAGUGUGUUUUAAAAUAUAUUUUAAGGGGAAAUUCUAAAUACUUUGUAAUAUUUUUAAUCUUGAAUAGAUUAUUGAAGCUCAAAACAUUAUUCAAAUUAAUUUUAUUCUAAGACCAUUUUUUAUAAUCUUAACUGUAUAUGUUACUUCUUUUUAAAUAAAAUAUAGCUUGUCCGUAAAAUAAUAACACAGCGCUAACGGACAAAGCUGCUGAAGAGUUGUAAUAAGCAGAAUUGGCAAGAGGCCCUUAUUAAUGUUUAUAACUUUCUUAUUAUUUACAAUUUUACAUUAUUUAUACAAAUAAAAGUAUCAUAUGAAAACAUUCAAUAGCAUCAACUUGAAAAAAAUCUAUAAGCAAUAUAAAAUUCAAAUCUUCUUGGAAUUAUGUAUACUUGAAUGUUGUGAGACUUUUAGUUAAACGUACCUAACUUUUUGUGCAUGAAUCAAUUUUUAAACGAUUUAAUUAGGUUUGUGUUCAUAUUUUAUUUAUUAAAUGCAUACAAUUAUUUAAAGCUAUACGCAUUCAAACUUUAGAAUGAAGUAUGGACAUCGUUGUUUGGUAAGCGAAUAAUAAAAAAUGUAAAUACUAAGUUUUAAGGUUAGAUUAACUAAUUUUAAUUUGUAAACUUUUUUUUUUAAUUUUUAAUACCUAGCCAAUUGAUUUAAUUUUAAGUACUUUACGCAUCUUUUAUGUAAUCUUUAUCUGAUCUGUAAUUUGUAUACGCGAUGCAGAUAAUAAAUGAUUUACAUGUUACCAAUA